CCCUAAACGUGACUGUCUAUAUACCCCAAAAGAAUUGGGCAAGACUACGACAGGUAGGACCGUCCGUCCACCAAAAAACAGCGAGAAAAAAUGGCCAACCUUAGUACGCAGAAGCGCCUUGCUUCUUCCGUUUUAAAUUGCGGCAAACGUAAAGUUUGGAUGGAUCCCAACGAGCUUAGCGAAAUUAGCAAUGCUAACAGCCGUCAAAACAUCCGUAAGUUGGUUAAGGAUGGUUUGCUCAUCCGCAAGCCUAACUUGAUGCACUCUCGCUUCCGCAUUCGCAAGACCCAUGCUGCCAAGCGUCUUGGCCGUCACACUGGUUAUGGUAAGCGUAAGGGUACUGCUGAGGCUCGUAUGCCCUCUGCUGUUGUCUGGAUGCGUCGUCAACGUGUCUUGCGCCGUUUGCUUCGUAAGUACCGUGAAACUGGCAAGAUCGAUAAGCACCUUUACCACAGCCUUUACUUGGCUGCUAAGGGUAACACCUUCAAGCACAAGCGUGCUUUGAUUGAGCACAUCCAGCGUGCUAAGGCUGAAGCCAACCGUACUAAGUUACUUCAAGAGCAACAAGAUGCUCGUCGUGCCCGUUCCAAGGCUGCCCGUCUCCGUAGAGCUAAGGUUGUCGGAGAGAAGCGUGAACAAGCUUACACCGCUGCUGAACAGAUUGAGGAGUAAAUGAGUGUAUCAAAUCUAUCCUAUAAAAUAAGUUUUGUUGCAUAAUUUAUUACGAUAUUAAACUAUCUUAAACUAUAUG